AUGGAACCGCUGAUGAAAGCUGCUUCAAAGGCAUUGUUCUGCAAAUUGCUUAAUCAACCAUGUAAUCACGUAUCAGGCGAGUGUACUGCAGGUUGCAAUGAAGGAUGGGAAGGAUACAAUUGUACAAAAGAAUGUGACGUUGGGUAUUUUGGUAUUAACUGUUCGCAGAUCUGUUUUGGAUGCAUAUCAAACCAAUGUGACAAAGUUAACGGCGUAUGCAAUAAUUCGAGUGGAUGUAAGCCAGGUUUUGUCAAAGGACAAAAUUGCAAUCAGGAAUGCGAGGAUUGGAAAUUUGGGAAAGACUGUGCAAAGGAAUGUAACUGUCGCGCUUUACCUUGCAACAAGUUCAAUGGUCAUUGUUAUAAUAGAGAAUGUGCAAAAGGAUGGCAUGGUGAAACAUGUGAUAACGAAUGUGACAAUGGUUUUUAUGGUUUUAAUUGCGAACGGGAGUGUACAACAUGCCUCAACCAGUCAUGUGAAAUAUUUGAAGGCAAUUGUUCAUAUGGAUGUAUUGAAAAAUACGAAGGAGUUAAGUGCGAAGUGUCUGCAGUGGUUAUGCCCAACGACAACAGUUCAGGUGCAGCAGUAGGAGGAGGCAUAGCGACUGUAAUUGUUAUUUUAAUUGUUGUGGCAAUAAUAGUUAUUAUAUACAGACCUUUAGGAGGUUGA